AUGGAUCGCGACGAGAUCUCCCACGGCCAGCAUGGCCACGCCGCCGACGACGUUCCUGUUCGCGACGAAAACCGCGAAGCGAACCAGGAUGAAGAAGCUAAGAUGCAACCCACCGACGCAUUCGAGGAGAGGGAUAUUAAAGUCGGAUACAUGAAUGAGGCGGACAGGCAUAUCUAUGAGAGCGGUAUUCAGAAGUUCAGUCGGCUGGGAUGGAAGCGCCUCACUGUCGUGCUUAUUGUUGAAGCGAUUGCACUGGGAAGCUUGUCCAUUCCAUCCACCUUCGCCACUCUUGGCAUGGUUGCCGGCGUGAUCUGCACGGUGGGCCUCGGCUUGGUCGCUAUCUAUACCAGUUGGAUUAUUGGAAAGGUCAAGCUGGCUUUCCCUGAGGUCGCCCAUUAUGCCGAUGUAGGCCGUCUGAUGGGUGCACGUCUCGGGUGUCCUCGCUUUGGUUUUGAAUUAAUUAAUGCGAUGCUUGCUAUUCAAUUGCUUUUCCUUACUGGAUCCCACUGCUUGACGGGUACAAUUGCCUUCCUGAAUAUCACAAAAAGUGACGUGUGCUCAGUGGUAUUCGGUGUUGUAUCCGCAAUUAUCUUGCUCCUCCUCGCGGUUCCUCCUAGCUUUACCGAAAUGGCUGUGCUAGGCUACAUCGACUUUGGCUCGAUUAUUAUCGCCAUUGGUAUUACCGUUAUUGCAACUGGUGUGGAUGCAAGCAAUGCCCCCGGAGGACUCGCGGCCGUGAACUGGUCUGCAUGGCCCAAGGAAGGCAUUUCUUUCUACGAAGCCUUUGUCUCCGUGACCAAUAUCAUUUUCGCCUACAGCUUUGCGCUUUGCCAAUUCUCCUUCAUGGAUGAGAUGCAUACACCAAGAGACUAUGUCAAGUCUAUCUGGGCCUUGGGUAUUAUCGAAAUUGUGAUCUAUACCCUCACCGGGUCUCUGAUUUACGCAUUUGUCGGACAGGACGUUCAGAGCCCUGCUCUUCUGUCAGCUGGUAGCCUGCUCAAGCGUGUCGCGUUUGGCAUUGCGUUACCAGUCAUCUUUAUCAGUGGCUCUAUCAAUACUGUUGUAUUUGGCCGCCUGGUUCAUGGUCGAAUCUUCGCAAACUCUCAACUUCGGUUCAUCAACACCAAGAUGGGGUGGAUUACAUGGCUCGCAACUAUUGCUAUUGGUACUGUUAUUGCUUUCAUUAUCGCUGAAGUUAUCCCCUUCUUCAACGACUUGCUUUCGAUUUCUUCGUCCCUUUUCAUUUCUGGAUUCACAUUCUACUUCCCCCCAAUGAUGUGGUUCCUGCUUCUCAAAAAGGGUAGCUGGAAGGAGCCCAAGAACAUCCUAUUCGGAGUGAUUAACUUGAUUAUUUUCAUCAUUGGAAUCGUCACCCUGGUUGCAGGAACCUAUUCCAGCAUUGCUGAUAUCAUCAGCAAGUAUGCUGCUGGCACUGUGCAUGGUGUUUUUACCUGUGGCUCACCCGAAUAA